GAAAGGAAUUGAUUCAUCAACAAAACAGCAGAAACAAGAAUCGUACAUUCCGGUAGUGGAAGAGUUGAGCAGCCUCCCCAACCGUCCGAUCUCCCACCGGUAAUCACAUCAAUGGGACCCACCUCCUCUGCAUAAAAUAGCUCACACCAUUGUUAUUGCCAGUUUGCCCCCAUCCCCUCUUAUUUCUCACUUUCUCCUUAUGGUAACAUAAAAUUCACCCCCCUUUCUCAACUGGUUUCUUCAUCUAUAAUUGUAUGAUACAUCGUUCUUGCUUGGUUAGUUGAUUGAGAAACUCCACCUAAUGAGCCACUGUUUGGAGAUGGAUUGGAAUACUAAGUGGGAUUGGGAAAGCUAUGACGCGUUGGGUUCAAAAAAGCUGCAACUAGUAGAUUGGACUGUUAUUGAUGAUCGGGAAAUUGAUGCCGGAUCCUUCAAUCUAAUGGCCGGGUGUGGGAACAGUGGAGCCUCUGGCUCGGAAGGCGGUCGUGUUUCUUCAGCAAAGAGCUCAAUAUCAGUUUCUGAUUCCUCAGCAAAGAACCUCAUGGCUAAUGAAGAUUUUUCCGGAAAUUUUAAAAUUACGGAAUCAGAAGGAACUCCGGAAGCUUCCAUUGGCUCGGUAGAGCCACUGAUCAGCCUCAAGCUUGGAAAGAGAACAUACUUUGAGAACAGCGGGGCUGGAAGCCAUGUCAAGAGUGCAUCAGGCGCUUCAUUGAAGAAAACUAAAUCGGCAGGUGGAAAUCUCCCAAUGCCUCGCUGUGUGGUCGAGGGCUGCAAUGUUGACCUUACAACGGCCAAAGAUUAUCACCGGAAGCAUAGAGUUUGCAACAUCCACUCCAAAGCCCCAAAGGUCGUCAUUGAUGGCCUUGAACGCCGGUUUUGCCAGCAGUGUAGCAGGUUCCAUAGCCCGUCUGAAUUUGAUGAAAAGAAGCGCAGCUGUAGAAGACGACUUUCUGAUCAUAAUGCACGACGCAGGAAGCCACAGCAGGACGUCAUCCAGUAUGCUACAAGGCUCCCGUCACCAUUCUAUGGAGGAAGGCAGCAAAUGAGUUUUCUGUUGAGCAACGGUCCACCAGUGCACGCUAAGUUCACGCUGACAAAAGAAUAUCAUCCUUCGAAGUCUAGUGGAGGCGGGGCUAGCAGCGAGAAAAUGCAUAUUCCGGGAGCUAAACAUCCACAUUUCGUUAACACUCCAGCCAAAGGAUUUCCGGCAUCAAAGAUCUCUGUGGCUGAUGUUUCAAAUCCAGGUUCGAAGGUAUCCCCAUAUUCUUCCCACUUAGAUGCAGCGCCCGAGUAUCCUCGUGCUCUCUCUCUUCUGUCAAACAAUUCGUGGGGGCCGGAAUCCAUGGCUUGGAAUCUGAUUCAUGAAAAUGAAGCCCGCGCAACUCAGCCUAUAAUGCAUGGAAUCCCCGAAGGCACGCCCCUGUCGUCUUCAUCCUCUUCGGAGUUCUGGCUGCAUCCGCCCUGCGCGCAUCAGCAUUGGCCGGCCGACGCUAGCUUCCAGCUGUUCGUAACACCAUGCGAGGAGACAGACUUGUAUUCCAACAUAUUGAACUGACUACCAUUCAACAACAAUGUUCUAACUUGCUCUUUUGCUUUGUUGCUUUUUGAACUUUUGUUGCACAAGGAUCCAUGUUAUGAAACUUCUAGAUUUGUUGA